GAUUUUAUUGCUUGUCUCCAUCUCCCUCGAGUCUGAGCGCCCAAGCCGUGGCUUGUCCUCCCACCGACCACGGACGACAUGUGCUGUGUCUUGUGAGAGCUGUCGUGAGAGCUGCUGCUGCUGCUGCUGCUGCUGCAGUCCAGCCCCUUGGGUCUCGAUUGGUGUGCACUGACCAGGGCCCCCCUGGGCUGCCCUUGGGAUGCCCUUGGGGGAGCCGGGGAGUUGCCAUACUUGUGCUCUGGCGAUUCGAUUCGACUCGCUCGUCACUGCUCGAUUGUUAUAUUGGCAGAGCAUUUUAUUAGCACUGUCCAGCAUUCUUUGCCGAUCGUCGUGGCCACUUAUCAGCCAACCCCGGACCGUGGUCGCCCAUCAGUCCCACCCUUGCAGCCGCCGCCCCCAUACCGUUAGGGCCUCUGUCUGCAGGCCAAUUUCCUGCGUUCCCUUCGCCUCUUGUCCACACAGCUGCACAGCACCUUCCAAGCCUGCACCACCCUCGUCCCGACCAGCCCGACUUGAUCUUGCUCUCCAACCAAAGUUUAUACAACAUUGGCUCCCAUUUAGACUAUUAUUUCGCCGACGCAGAUAGGAGAGCACGAACCAUCUCCUGCGCUGGUGGCUGUUUCCGUCCCGUGUCCAGCAGCCCCCUUCCCUGCCCACAGUACCAGUCACCUGCUGGUACCAUUGGCCCAAAGAGCGGUACCAGAAUUCCUCGAAAACGGUCGACCGCCGCCGACACGACCACGACACGACACAGCACGACACAACACCUCUCGCCCACCUCGUCCCAUCUUUUCUGGUCCCGGCUGAUCUCGACCUCCUCCUUCCCGUCCCCGCCCGUCUCGUCUCCCAGAAUCUCAAAUCUUGAGCUGUGCUUGUCACCCUUCGUCACUCCUCGUCACUCCUUCCAGUCCUGGCUUGCCAUAGCACGCUCCACCUCCACGCUCGGCCGCCCUGAUCCAGACCACUCCCCACCUUCCAAAACCCGGGGACAUCCUCUGCCGCGAAGACCUCCUUACCUCCAAGCUUUUCCCAAGCCGUUUGCCAGCUCCCACCCUGCGAGCCCACUGCCAUCUUUGGCCCGACAGCUGAGCCACGAGAUCCCGCCUCAACAAACGCCUCAGUUGCUACCCAACUCCCGCGACCGUUUGCCCUGUCGCGAACCGAUCGUCUCCGCCCAACCUACCACAUUGUACAGGCGACGACAGAGGAGGACUUCGUGCAUGUGUGCCAGCCUGAGACCACCAGGAAAAUAGGUAUGCAAGGCUACGAUCUCGGGACAGUUCCAUGACCUUUCUUUCCAACUUGUCCCCUACAAAGGACCCUUUUACCAGGGGGGCCGGGACCAGCAGGGAAGCCUCAGAUGUUGCGUAUUCGACAUUGCAUCCCCCCUAUCUCCCUCUAGUCUCACCUGCCCUGAAUUGCUUUUCGAGCCAACCCCGGUUUAUGUUGCGGUUGGGCCGACGUUUGCACAUGCACACUCCGGCACAGCCCUUGAUUCAGCAAUGGUCCCCCAGCCCUGCAGCCCCCUUAGGAGCCUCUAUUUCUGAAUGUCCAGUCGCUGACAUCCUCGAGCUAGCCGUCUAUCCCAGUGCUUCUGGGUACUUCAAGAGGUCGCCUAGUGGCUGUUGCAUGAAGCCGUUUCACUUCCUCUUCCUUGAUAAGCCGGGUUCUGGGCCCCCAGCCUAGCUUGUUUUCUUGGGCCGAUCCCUGGCACCUCGUCGACUUCCUUGGACCAAGACGAUCAGGGAGCCCAUGGUACAACUGCAGACACCACCCUGAACCGUGUGCACUCCGCCACCCGAGAUCUCGGAUGCCAGUUCAUGGACUCAAUCUCGGCGUCCCUUCAACUGCUGCAACGAUCCUGUUUUAGGACAACACCGGAGCCUACCCAUUAGCCUCACGAAACCCGCCCGCAGCAGAUUCGAGCUUCAACCGUGGUUUGCCCUUCUCCUCCAAAGGAGGUUGAAAUCGGCAGAAGGCUACCGUUGGGUAGCAAGUUAACCUCAAGAUGACGACCGCACUCCCCAAACCACAGCGGAAUCCCAAUGCGCCACCAAACAUGGCACUUCCGGCGCUGCCAGUCGCCAAAACGCGGAAAUCAUCGGGUAUCCAGCCACCAUCCACGCCAGCGAGGUCAUUAAUGGCCACACCCAAGAGUGGGCUACGAACCCCUUCCACUGCCCAACUCCCACCGCCGACCACACCAGCUCCGACGACCGCCUUGCCGCAACCACGAUCGGUGUCCGCUGCCGUGCAAGGGACCAAGGCUCUCCGGAAAACAGUCAGCAUCAACUCGUUCCCGCAGCCUCCCCGCGGAGACACACGAUUGAACGGUCACCCGACAAGCCCUCUCUCGGGCAACCGGAGGUCGAAAACAGUCACCGCGACGACCUCAAGCUCGAGCUCCACCGGGACGCCGAGUCUACUCAACGGCUCUGGCGAAGGCAAAUCUGUAACCAGGGCGAGCGCGCGGUUCUCUGACGGGCUGAUCAGUGUGUCAUCGCCCCCGCAAAGCCGCAGCUCCUCGGCCCAAGAUUCUUACUCCACGUCAGCAACAACAUAUGACGACCCUGUCGACGCUGCGGGAGCGAAGUCUGGCGCAGACGCCUCGAACAAACACCUGUCAAAAGGCGACAGCAAGGGAAAUGUGGUUGUUAGCGUAAGAGUGAGGCCAGACGCUGCGGCUCAAGAUCAGCGGCCUGACGGGGAGUGGAUGGUCGACGGGCGGAAGUCCCUCAUCGCGUAUCACGGCAAGGAAGGGGGAGAUUACUACUACGACAACGUUUUCACGACGCACGAUGACAACUACCGAGUAUACGAUCAUCUUGCGAAACGACUCGUCAGACGGGUCAUGGAGGGCUAUCACGGCACAGUCUUCGCCUAUGGAAUGACAGGCACGGGGAAGACAUUCUCGAUGCAAGGAACCGCUUCAUCGCCUGGCGUGAUUCCUCUUGCGAUCACCGAUAUCUUCUCGUAUAUCCGCGAGACUCCUUCGCGGGAGUUUUUGCUUCGAGUCAGUUACCUGGAGAUCUAUAACGAGAAGAUUCAUGAUCUCCUUGGGAUGUCGACAAAUGGGGGGAUCGGCGGCCCGGCGGCACAGGAGGAAAUCAAAUUGCGGGAGGACAGCAAGCGAGGUGUCUACGCAAGUCCGCUGAAGGAAGAAAUCGUGCAGAGUCCGACGCAACUCCUAAGAGUAAUCGCUCGGGGUGACCAAGCGCGGCGCACAGCAAGCACUCAGUUCAAUUCUCGAAGUUCUCGAAGUCAUGCGGUGGUUCAGAUCGUCGUCGAGAGCAGAGAGCGUGUGCCCGGGGGCCCCGCAGCAUCAACCGAGAACAAGCGAUCAGCUCUGCUGCCCGGCGGCGUACGGGUGUCGACUUUGAGCCUGAUCGACCUCGCGGGCUCGGAGAAGGCGGCCGAGAGCAAGGAGCGGCGGCAGGAAGGCUCACACAUCAACAAGAGCCUGCUGACCCUGGGUACUGUCGUGUCCAAGCUCUCUGAACACAAGGACGGCAAAUCGGACAAGGACGGAAAGCACUUGCCCUACCGAGACAGCAAGCUGACCAGAUUGCUCCAAGGUGCAUUGUCGGGUAAUUCGCUCGUCAGCAUUCUCUGCACAAUCCAAAUAGGAUCGACGGGGAGCGCCGCAGCUGCUAACACGCACACGAAUGAAACGCUCAAUACUCUCAAAUUCGCAUCAAGAGCAAAGAACAAUCUGGUCAGCCACGCGAAGCGUGCCGAGGAGGCAUUAGGUGCCGGUGGCGAGGGUGGCGCAAGAGUCCUCCUCGAGCGCUACCGCAUGGAAAUUUCGGAGCUGAGGUCGCAAUUAGAAGCCCAGGCCAAGAAGGAUAAGAGCGAGGACAUCGCGGAAAAGACCAGGGACGCCGAGGAAGAACUGGCCCGAGAGAAGGAGGCGGAGGCGCGGCACGAGGAGCAGAUGCUGGAGAUGCAGCUUGCUCGAACGGCGCUGAAGGAGCGAAUUGAUCACCUAAACCGACUGAUCCUGAGCUCGAAAUCGAUAGGGGUCAACGCCAGUGGUACGUGGAGCUCCCUGGGCUCGCACCCACGGUUCUCGCAGGCAUCCAUGCGGUCUUCCCGCUCGUCCAUGACACCAUCCCAAGCAGGUAGGCCCAUGCUUGAGCGCUCUGCGUCUUUGACGUCGUCUUCAUCCACGAUUGGCCGGAGGCCCAGCAUGGACCACCGCGUGUCAACCGGUGGGAGGUCUGCAGGAGAUGAGGAGGAUAGUGUCGGCGAAUUCGGCGAUGGCACGGCUUCGCUCGCAGCCCAGAACCGAGCACUGCAAGCCGACCUUGUGGACAAGAACCGAUACAUCGCGACCUUGGAGAAGCGCUUGCUUCAGGCGCGGAGGGCUAGCUCAUCCCGCACGUCGGGUGGUCUUUCUUCCGGCAGCAAGGGGAUCAUGGUCGGCGAGGACCACAGUGUAUCGACGGCCCUGAAGGAGAAGGACACCGAGAUAGCGGAGCUGCGUGCUCAGCUGGAGGACAAGGACCGGAUGCUCAUCGCCCUGCGGAGUGCGGCUAGGAGAGGGGAGAUUGCUGACCGCAGUAUCGAGACCCGUGCGUCUCAACUGAUGAUGCUGGAGAAUGGGCCGCGCUCUAAUCCCACCUCGCCGACGAGUCCUCAGCGCCCGCUGUUCCGGCACAGCAGCGUCAGGUCUAAGGACCGACGCAGCACCGACGAGAUGAGUCGGAUUCUGGACGAGAUGAUACAGGACCGAGUUGAAACGGGCCACAUUGUCAAGAGCACGCGUGGCAGCGUCCGCGUCGUCGCUUCGACCAACCGAGAGAAGCCUCUUGUUGACCGCCUCGAGCCUCUUCGGAAGAGCAGCGAGAGCAGCCAGCGCUCCCCAGUCGUACUCGAGGUUUAGAACAUUCUUAAUUUGCGGCGGCAUUUCGGGAAGCUCAGAGGAGAGGCCUCAGCCUAGCAGUCUGCCUCUGCGAAGAGGCGCACGAAAUCGGGGGGCCCGCUCUCUUCAUUGCCUGGAGUUGGCAUCGAUGACGACCAAGAGUCAUGAGCUGUUGUGUCCUGCAUGGCGAUUUGCUUCUCAGUUUAAAUUCUUAGGACAAUUGGGACGGGUGUUGGUUCGGAUUGGUGAGGCACUGAUGGCUUCGUUGCAUAACCGUCUAUGCCGGUGUUAGAUGCUUUUUUUUUUUUUUUUGGUAUUUCCACUCUUGCUAUUUAUUUAUUUUGCUUCUCUUAUUAUACCCAGACUUUUGAGGUACGGAUAAUGCUGGAUUGGGAGCGACGAAAAGCGGCAAAUGGUGUGUGCGAUGGACGAGCGGUGGUUGUUGCGGUGCUACCAGUGAGCACCAACAAGGGACACGGAAGGACGACGUCAAGAUGGCCCUUUGUUUUUGGUUGUUUGCCCUCUGGGUAAUGGUAUUGAUAUUUGCUAUUGCGGGGGAAAGGAAGAAAGGGACCAUCCGUUACAGGUGAAGGAUGGAGAACGAAGACCAAAAGACCGCGGCGAGAGAGACACGAGUGGAGUGCGUUCCCUCGAUGACGAGUUCGGGCCGUUUAACGAAUGAGGGACCGAGCCAGCGUUUUAUUUGCUCGUCUUUUACUUUUUCUUGUAUUAUAUGCAUAAGGCCGAACGUAGCUGUCGACGAACGAUGGGGCAUGGGAUGAAUCAAUGAGAAGGGUGACUAUUGUG